GAGAUAUGAGGUGUUAGUUGAUAAUUUGAGAUAAGUGCAGGUGCUAAUUGACGCAUUUCAAAAAGGUUUGCGUCUGCCAAAUUGCUGAAGGCUGUAGCAUAGCUGCUACACUAUUCCGUGAUUGGCAAAACGCAAGAAAAUAAUAAGAAAAACUAAAAACUAUAAAUAAAAAUAGCAAGCGCACACUCAGAGCAAGAAAAGCUGAAGAAAUAGACUCUGAACUAAACCACGCCGGUGAAGUUGAGGUUGCUGGAGUUUGAUGGAGAUUUAAACAACAAAGAAAGAGAGGGAUUGACUAUGUAGCAUCCGAUUCAGUUUUCAAGAUAUAAUAAAUUGCCAAGAUCAAUAUCCAAGGUCCAAUCAUCCAACUAGAAGUGUUGAGGUAUGGGAGACCUAAUCCAGCACUGCUCUCCUUGUUGCCAAUCGGUCAUCACCAUCAUUUCAGCCCUGACUUAAAUUAUUAAGCUCAAACUGCACAACCAAUCAUCCAAUACAAAUCACAACAGUUUUUCACAAAGGAUGGCUUUCUCAGAUGGAAGCCUCUUUCAUAAAAGCCUCCUAGCUCUCUACCUCAUAGGGCCCCCUACCUUCAUCUCCCUCAAGUUCCUUCAAGCACCGUAUGGAAAACACAACCGCCCUGGAUGGGGCCCCACCAUCUCGCCACCUUUGGCCUGGUUCCUCAUGGAGAGCCCCACUCUCUGGCUUACAUUUUUACUCUUCCCUUUUGGCCAACAUGCUUCCAAUCCCAAAGCUUGGGUUCUUAUGUUCCCUUAUCUCUUCCAUUAUUUCCACCGCACCUGUCUCUACCCUCUACGCCUUUACUGGAAUACAAAUCAGCGGAAUACCAAAAUCACUAGCGGUUUUCCUGUGAGCAUGGCCCUUCUGGCAUUUUUGUUCAACUUCUUGAAUGCUUACUUGCAAGCCAGGUGGGUAUCUCAUUACAAGGAGGAUUAUGACCAGGAUAGGUGGUUCUGGUGGAGGUUUUGGGGUGGGCUAGUGGUGUUUGCGUGGGGUAUGUGGACUAAUGUAUGGUCGGACAGGGUUUUGGUUCGGUUAAAGAGAGAAGGUGAUGGGUAUAAGGUGCCAAGAGGAGGGUUGUUUGAUCUGGUGAGCUGCCCCAACUACUUUGGUGAGAUUGUGGAAUGGCUUGGUUGGACUCUGAUGACAUGGUCCUGGGUUGGGUUUGGGUUUUUUCUCUAUACAUCUGCCAACUUGGUGCCGAGGGCAGUGGCUAACCAUAAGUGGUAUCUGGACAAGUUUGGAAAGGAUUAUCCAAGAGGUAGAAAAGCUGUCAUCCCUUUCUUGUAUUGAAGUUAAUUUAAUGUCUGAUGUUCAAAGGGUAUGGAAAUGUAAAGGCUUGUAUUUCUGUUGUUAUCUUGUCCGUGUCAAGGAAAUUUGCUGAUCAUGAACAUCAAGCUUUCAAUUGUCUCUAAUUUUGUAUGGUCUACCUCAUAGACAUUCAUUUAAA